UGCAGCGAUGCGAGAGCCGAAAUGGAGCAGAUUCACAGUGAUGUAUUGUAGACGUAAAUGAAGCCGUACGCUGUCAUGUGAGCUUUGUUUACUUCCGCCCGCGCCUCAUCCACACGUGUAGUGAAAGUGUGUACCAAAGGCUAUGGCUGGCACCACCAUGAUUAAUAAACCCUUCAGCCCGGAGGAGACCCGGAGGAUUGUGCAUCAUUUGCAGCAGCCCGCAGUCUUCCUGAACAUGACCUGUGACUGGCCUGUUCUCCGCUGGACAGCAGAGCAUCUGUCAAGCUGUCUUGGUGACAGACGUGUCCGAUUUAGACUUGGGAGAAAAGAGAAGACAAACACUCAGGCUCCUCUUUUUGAGACCCAGUGUUCCUAUGUGGAGGCCAGUGUGGCUCAGUUUCUCAGCUGGACUCGGGGGCAGUCUGGAACAGAUGUGGGGCAUUUUUCUGAGUACUCCAGCUCAGAGUACUGGGCUUAUGCCGACUACAAAUAUAUCACCAUGCUGUUUCAAGAUCAGCCUUUCAUGUUUGAGCAUGUAAAAUGGGCUGAGUUUGGUUUUGAGGGGCGUAACGGGAGAGAGAGCACCUUAUGGAUCGGCACAGAGGGAGCCAACACGCCAUGCCACCUGGACUCUUAUGGCUGUAACUUGGUACUGCAGGUACAAGGACGGAAGCGCUGGCACCUCUUUCCCCCAGAGGAUACAGCUAAGCUUUACCCGACUCGGAUCCCCUAUGAGGAAUCCAGUGUCUUCAGCCAGGUGGCUGUUCUUCAUCCCAACCUGAGGAGAUUCCCUGCUUUCCGGGGUGCGAGUGCUCACAUAUUCACUCUGCAGCCUGGACAGGUGCUUUAUGUCCCCAGACACUGGUGGCAUUAUGUGGAGUCAGUGGAUCCCAUCACCGUCAGUGUCAACUCCUGGAUUGAGCUGGAAGUGGAUGACGUGGCCAGAGUUAAUGAGGCUGUGACCAAGACAGUUGUCUGCGCUAUUAAAAGUGCUCGAAGUGACGACAACACCGAUGACUGGCUCAACCCCACUGAGGAAGCAGUAGCAUCCCAUAAUGAAAAUAUGCAGUAUCUGAACCUGGCAGUGAGAGCUUGUGCUCAGAGAGAGAGGGGCUGCUGCCACAGCAAACUGAGCCCAAACUUGAGAGACACCCAGCCAGUCAAACGGGACUCGGAUGGACAAAUCAAGAAAAAUAGUGAUGGGGUUAGGGAUUGUGCACCCUUCAGUAUUCCCUAUGGACCAUAUCUCAUCCCUGUACACUGUCAGCAGGAAUUGAGGAAGAUGACCCCCGAAGAUGUAGAGGUCAACUCUUCCAACAACUGUGCAGUCAGAUCUCAAGGGGACUGCGCUGUCAGCUCAGACGCAGCAGAGAGAUCCAAGUUUGCAGCUGCUGUCAGACUCGAUCAGGAAACACAUGAACGUAGCACUGGUUCAACUCAGUGUUACUGUGCAGAUGGGACAUCAGAGCACUUGUCAGAGCAUUAUGAAGGAUCAACGCAUACAACAAUAACCACUAACGACCUGCUAGACUGCCUGGUGCAUCCAGACAUCAUCGCCCGUGUCACUGAGCUUCUACUAGAAAAGCACACAGGAAGUGAUAGGACCACCAGUUCAUCCUAGAUUUAAUAUUCACUUAUCAGGUGCAACAUGAAUUCUGGCUGGAGCCUGUUGUGAUUUAGAGUGGUGAUUAUUUUCGUUCCACUAGAAAUCCACCCUCCAUGCUACCAGUGAUGUUUUGACAUCAGUAAGAAGAUGCUUUACUUUAAUUUCGUCUAUCAUUUGCCAGUCAGGACCCUCCUGGUGUGAACCGCAGAUGCAGGAAAUCACACCCAAAACUAAUUCUAAUGCUACAAGUGACACUCUAACAAAUCCUUGUUUUGUUUUCCUGCAAAUGCUAAUCCUUUUUGGUUCUCCCAAAGUAGGAAAAAUGGCCACUUGAAUUAAUUUGGUGUGCUAAAUAACCAGAUAAUUCAAAAUAACAUUCGAGGGAUGCAAACGUUUGUUUUCGGCACAAUAUCUCAGUCAUUUAGUGAGGAUCAUCACUGACCAGCCACAGAGGGCUGAUUGUAAUAGUUAUGUGAUUUAUGAAAACUGUGUAAGGAGCAAUCAAAUGAAAUGGGUCUGUUUUGAAUAGGCUGCUGCCAGAGAAACAGACAAACUACUUACAGGAAACAAAGGGAGGGUGUACAUCUUCAUGCUGGGGGAUAAUAAAUGUAAUAUUUCCACUUUGCUUAA